AUGAAAUUGAAUGAGUUAAAAAUUUUAACGUCAAAUAAAACUGAAUUGGAGUUGCAGCUCUCGCUCAAUGUCAAAGAUAACAAUCAUUUUUACAUUAUGAUAAAAAUACUGAGAACAGUAUUCAAGCAACCAGCUAUAAUGCAAGGGCCAUCAGUAUGGCCAAUUAUUGGAAAUUUGCAUCAGAUUCAUCUUAAACCUGAUGGUUAGUG